AUGGCUUCCUCGCCUUACUCGCUGCCAUGGGACGAUGUCGAUUCGAGCACUGGUAUUGAGGCUGGCAAUCAGGAUGACGCCAAUGAAGACGAAGAGGACUUUGAGCCCUCGCUGUUUGACAUCGAGUCUGCCAGUGCCUUUGGAAGCAUCACGUCUAGUGUGCUUCGUCAUUCGUAUGAGAACGGCCGUCGGUACCACAAGUUCAGAUACGGGACGUAUCCCAUUCCCAAUGACGAUACUGAACAGGCACGCGACGAAAUGAAGCAUGUUGCAACAUUGGAGCUGACCAGUGGGAAUUUAUAUUUUGCACCUCUAGGAGAGUCUCCACAGAAGAUAAUGGACCUAGGGACCGGAACUGGUUCUUGGGCCAUUGCAAUGGCGGACAAGUUUCCGAGCGCCGAGGUGAUUGGGCUCGAUUUAAGCCCUAUCCAGGAGCCCUGGAUACCUCCGAAUCUGAGGUUUAUCGUUGAGGACAUCCAUGACCCCUGGCUCCAUGGCGACGACUUUGAUAUGAUACAUUUCAGACACAUCAGUCUCUUCUUGCGAGAUUUUGACUCGGUUGUCACCAAAUGCUUUGAUCAUCUCCGACCUGGUGGCUGGAUAGAAUUGCAGGAAUUCGGCGCGUAUGCAAAAUGCGACGACGGUACCAUGAAUGAAAAUUCUCCCUUUGCUCUCUUUAUGAACAAGGUUGACGAGGCGCUGAGUAAGGCCUAUGGCUUCCAGUGGCGCGUGGCCAACAUGAUGGAUGCCAUCCUCAAAGCCCACGGAUUUGUCAAUAUUGGCUGCAAGAAAUUCAAGGCACCACUUGGAAGAUGGCCCAAGAACAAGAAACUGCGCCUCAUUGGCGGGUAUAUGAGAGAUAUUACAUCAGAUCUCAUUGACGCCAUGGCCGCAAAGCCACUGAGGCAGAUUAUGGCUGGAAACGAGGUUGAGAAGCUUGCUGAAGCAGCAAAAGAAGAACUAGCAGAUCGGGAGUCGCACAUAUAUGUCGAUUAUUUUUUCUGGCAUGCCCAAAGACCGCAAGCGAUAUAA